CCGGCGGCCGUUGCCUUGGUGACCGCAGGCCGGCCGCCGGGGCCCCGCCCCCGCGCCGCCGCCCGGCGGACCUGGCCGCGCCCCACGGCCGGGGAGCCGCAGCCCGAACGUCCGCGCGCUGCGGGCCGGCCGACGAGGGGCGCGCGUCGACGCACGCACCGCGGAGCCGCCUCGGAGCAUGUGGAAGCUGAGCCGGAGCCGGGUGCUGCUGGACGAGCCCCCCGAAGACGAGGACGGCCUGCAAGGGGGGCCGCCGCCCGCCGCCGCCUCCGCGGCCUCCGCGCAGGUUCAGGGAGCAGGUUUCCGAGGCUGGAAGGAAGUGACUUCUCUGUUUAAUAAAGACGAUGAACAGCACCUGCUUGAAAGAUGUAAAUCCCCCAAGUCCAAAGGAGCUAACUUACGGCUGAGGGAAGAGCUGAAGACAGAGAAGAAAUCGGGAUUUUGGGACAAUUUGGGUUUAAAACAGAACAUACAGUCGAAGAAGCCAGAUGAGAUCGAAGGCUGGGAGCCUCCCCGACUUGCUCUGGAGGACGUGAGCGCUGGGCCAGGCGACCCCGCGAGCGGCCGCCCGUCCGGGCCGGGCUGGGAGGAGGGCGCUGGCGGCUGCAGCAAAUACACCAGCCUGGCCAGCUCGGGGAACAGCUCGCGCUGGAGCCUCCGGUCGGCCGGGAAGCUGGUUGGCAUCCGACGGCAGAGCCGAGGCCACCUGACCGACGACUGGGAGGAGCUGGAGUGACCUGUGGGCACGCCGCCCCCCGGAGGGGUCCGCGCAGCCCCUCUGGUGGCGUGCGGGCUCUCGGUCUGGUGAUUCCCGGUGU